AUGGCACCGACGCAUGUACUCGAUGACUACUACCUAGGCAUCACGGCCCUCGUCACGGUCGCUUUCCAGCUCGUGUGCUUCUUCGUCGCCUAUGCUUUUCAAUUCGACAAAAUCACGGACCUCGCAGGCGGCCUCAACUUUACCAUUCUCGCCGUCCUCACACUGGCCCUCGGCGGCGGCAGCGCGCACGGCGCGCACCCCCGCCAGCUCGUCGUCUCGCUCUUCAUGAUGGCCUGGUCGCUCCGGCUCGCCGGCUUCCUCUUCUUCCGCAUCCUGAAAACCGGCAAGGACGAGCGCUUCAACGAGAUGCGCGGCAAGUUCCUAUCGUUUCUCGGCUUCUGGGUCUUUCAGAUGGUCUGGGUCUGGACCGUGUCGCUGCCCGUCACGCUGCUCAACGCGCCCGCGGUCGCGCGCUACCCGCAGCGCGCCUUUGGAACUGCGAGGGACGUUGCCGGCGUGGUGCUCUUCGCCGUCGGGCUCGUCAUGGAGGCGGCCAGUGACGUGCAAAAGUACCUCUUCCGAGCGCGGCAGACACGGGACAGCAACCGGACCGCGGUGUGCGACUCGGGGUUCUUUGCCGUGUCGCGGCAUCCGAACUACUUUGGGGACAUUAUUAUCCAAUGGUCAAACAAAGCCCUCUUCAUGAUCGCCGUGUCCGCCGCCGCCGACGGGUACGUCCGCGGCCAAGCCUACAAGGCGCUGUACGCCAGUAUCCUCGGGCCCGUCUUCCUCACCCUCCUCCUCCUGUUCGUCUCGGGCAUGCCGCUCUCGGAGCGGCCCAAGGCCAAGGAGCGCUACGAAAAGGACAACAACUGGGCGGGCUAUAAGCGCUGGCUCGACCGCACGAGCCCGCUGAUCCCGUUCCCGCCGCAGCUGUAUGUGCGCAUGCCCGUCGUUUUGAAACGCACCGUGUUUCUGGAGCUUCCGCUGUACGCGUUUGACCCGGCCAAGCACUCGGACGUGGCGACGCCCGGCGGUGCGCGGGAUUCCCGGGAGAGCAACGAGGGACGUGGGAGUGCCGACCAGCGGCUCGUGUAG